AUGAAGAGAAAAGCUUUAGAAUUGACAAUGGAGCAGAAAGAAGCGAAGCUAUAUAAAAACAGAAGGUACGUGAGCUUCUCAAAGAGGCGCAGUGGCCUGGUUAGCAAGGGUAAAGACUUCUGCAAAAAGUUUGAAGCAGAAAUCGGCAUUGUUGUGCUCUCUGCAGCAGGCAGGCCUUACUGGUCCCCGGACAACCCUUCCCUCGACACCAUCCUCGACCGCUUCAUGCAAUCAGACCAGGCACCUACUAAUGCCAUUGAUUUCAAGGUCAGACAACAGAAGAAGAGGAAGAAAGAGGAACAAGAUAAUGAGGUUCAAGGACAGCUUGCGGAGGAGGUGAAAUCAUGUCGAACAGUUAAGGACAUGUUUUCGUUGAGAGACAAAUACUUGGUGCUUCUUCAGGACUAUACUGACAAGGGGAUGAAAGGUUCACAUGUUUUGGAGAAGGGUAAGGCAAAAUGUGUCUCGACCUCACCAUCAAACCUAAGUUUUGAGGAUAGUGUAUGGGUGGAACCAAUUUCAAGGCAUAAAGACAUGUGUUCUAGUUCAACCCUAAGGCUUGAUAGUGAACAUGAUCACCGUCUUGGGAACAAAAACAAUGGUGUCCGCAGCGGCCACGAUGACAGGUGGUUUUGGGAUGAGAUUUUGAAAGAUGGUUACACAGAAGGUGUUCUGAUGGAACCAAUACUGAAAUCUGAAGACGUUUUGUAUGAUUUAACACUAAAUUUCGAGAGUGAUCGUAAUGUGUUUGAUACUCAUCAUGGUAACAUCAAUGGGGGAGAGGGAUCUUCUUGGUGCAAAGAUUGGGAGGAUGGUAAAGCGCAAUGUGCCUUGAUGCAACCAAUUUCGAAAUCCGAAGAGGUCUUGCAUAAUUCAACCCAAAAUUUGGAGAGUAAUUGUAAUGUUUUUACUGAUCAACAUGACAACAACAAUGACGAUGAUGGAACUUUUUGGGACAGAAUUUUGGAAUAUGAUAAGACUCAUCAACUAGCAAAUUCUGAAGACGUCUUGUUUAAUUCAACCCCAAAUUUUGAGUGUGAUCGUCUAAACAACAAAACCGACGGCGGCGACAACAACACAUCUUUCUGGGACAAAAUUUUGGAAGAGGGUAAAUCGGAAUGUGUCUCUUUCCAACCAAUAUCGGAAUCCAAAGACUUCUUGUAUAAUCCAAGCCUAAAUUUCGAGAGUGAUAAUCGUGGGUUUGAUCAUUAUCAAGGUGACAACAAUGGUGGUGGGGAACUUUGUUGGAAUUACUACUAA